GCUGCCUCAGUAUUCCCUUGACCGUUAACGUGUAAGGACUACCGCUCCGCAGUCUCGCUCACCCACCAACUCCUUUUUCGGCCCCAACGCGCCUCCUCUUCCCUUUUUUCCUCCUGGUGGAGUUUGCAUCGAAAUCGCCACUACUGACUCUGUUUCCUCUCCUUUGGGAUUGCUCGUCACUGCUUUCAAAGGGCCGUUUGUCGCUCAGCAACUUCAAAGUGUUUCCAGAGGGUUUUUAAUCCUAAGUAAAAAUUUGAGGUUUUAUGUAUUGGAAAGACGACCUCCUCCUCGUGUGUGGUGGUGAGUGCUCGAAGUGUUCGACGAGAUUUCAGGAACCACCAAGAAAUGGAAAUAAAUAACCCAACUGCUUUCAUUAAUUAACUACUCGUCCGUUCUGUGACCAUGCUCGAUGGAUGAUCGCUUCUCUCGCUUUCAUUACAGUUCUAUUGAUGGAAGACCGUUUAUUUUACCUUAAUUGUGUUUGAUCGUCAUAGUUACUAGUCACACAACGCCCAACUGAUGCUUCUGUGUAGGCCUAGAGAUCUAUUUAAGCACAUUCGGUGAGAAGAGAAGAAGAGAUUUGUUUUCGUGGAGAAUUAAGUAUUUUGCGUGGGAAAAACUCGGAAGGGGGAAAAUGAGGUUCCUAGAUGCUGGAGAAGAUCGGAAUAUGAGGGACCGGCAUAGUACGUCCUCGCCUUCUUGAGAUGAACCGUAUAGGCUUCUUCUUGCACCUUAUAGUACCAAGUCAGAGGCCUACCAAGCAACCCUUCAUUAAACAAACCUCGAAAGGGCUGCUUGCAUCUCGACGACGCCAAGGACUUGGGAGAUAAUAUAACCCCCUCGAAGUGAAAUUUUGUUAUGUCACCCCCAGAAAACGAGAGUGAAUUUUAGGCUGAUAAAAGGUAUUGUCGUUUAGGCCUAUAAUACCCAUAAUAAUAAUAAUACUCUGUGGUGGUACUUUGAAAAUCGUAUCUCAAAUAGUCAGAUGUUCUUUUGCUGGGCGUUGGAACCGCGUACACAACACAUCCCAGAGUUAAAAGAAUAAGAAAAAAUUUAUAAAAAUAAAAGUUAAGUGUGUUUUUUUGAGCAGAAAAGUUUAUGAAAGGGAAGAUAGCUAGCGAGGGAGUAAAUCAAAAGUCCUUCUUCUUCUUCUUCUUCCCUAAUGUCGAGGCCCCUCAGAAUCUUACUAUGAAAAAGGUCAGCCUCUCGAGGAACAUACCAAGAUGCGGGUAGUUAAGAUUUUGCUUCUUGGGACCUACUGUCUGCUCAGCUACGGUGGAUUAAGUCAAUUCGCCGUAGGACAACAGAGGCAGCACUUUCGCACCUCCCCCGAGGACCAGCACGUGGUGGAAGGGUCCGUGGCCAUAAUCAAAUGCGAAGUGGGCAAUCUGGCCGGUCGAGUGCAGUGGGCCAAAGACGGCUUCGUCCUGGGCUUCAACCGGACCAUCCCCGGGUACCCCCGCUAUGAGAUGGUGGGGGAGGAGGCUACGGGCGAACACCACCUCCGAAUCCACAACACCUCCAUAGAUGACGACGCUGACUACCAGUGCCAAGUGGGGCCCUCCGAUGGGCACCCCCCCAUAAGGGCGACGGGCCACCUCACUGUUCUCCUGGCUCCGACGAAAGUGGAACUAGUUGGCCUCGGGGGAGAGAAGGUCAUUGAGGUCCGGGAAGGUGAAGAGCUCACCCUCGAGUGUCGAGUAGAAGACGCGAAACCGGUCGCCGAGGUGAAGUGGUACAAGAACGACAAAGAGAUCCCAAUAGAAUCCCGGGAGGACACCCACAUGGAGUCGUCGCAGAGACUACGACACCAUCUGGUGUCGAAGGUGAAUCUGCGAUUGUCUGCCAAAGACGACGAGUCGCACUACGCAUGCGUGGCUUACCACCCUGCGUUGAACUCACCCAUGCGGGCUGCUGUCAAGAUAUCAGUGCAGUGGGAGACCAUCCGAGCGGGUGGGCGAGAAGAGGACCUCACCUGCCGAUCCCGGGGAGGGAAUCCCCUGGGGCAGGUCGUCUGGUACCGGAACAACGAGAUCAUCGACGGCCAGGGCACUCAGGAUCGCGGGAGAGCGUCAACGACUACACCUUCACCGUCAACUCGACGGACAACGGGGCCAUUUACACCUGCGAAGUCCGCAACAAACUCACCGAUAAGUCGCUUGCUGGCCUCCGUCAAGCUCAUCGUUCACAACGCACGAGAAAAAUCUUCUUCUUCAAGGCCGAAAGCAAAUGGUAGGAAACGAAUUCGUAAAAAAACGAAAACCUCAUUAAAUAUGGAAGAAGAGAAUGAACCCAUUCGUAAAUUGCGUGGAGGAGGAGGAGGAGGAGGAGGAGGAGGAGGAGGAGGAGGAGGAGGAGGAGGUGGAGUUCCGCCAGAUCGAGUUAUCCUGUCGGGCCCUUCAUCGUCCCGUGUGGGAGACAACGUGACCCUCUCCUGCAGCGCAGAGAACUCCAACCCUCCGGCAGAUUUGUCCUGGGUGGUUGACAGUCAGCCGUGGGCCGACGCCACCACCCGGCAGGACAGAGCCGGGAGAGGCGGCUGGCACGCCGUCAGUACCGUCGUCAUUACGGUGCCACCCAUUGACAGGGACAUGAUGUUUACCUGUCACGCCACCAACCAAGCCCUUGGCGAGACCAAGGUCGACACCUACAUCCUCAAUGUGAUUCGCACCAGCGUUACCAGCGAACUGGUGGUGAAUCUGACUGCUGAGGACGAUGGAGCUACGUACACCUGCCAAGCCACUAACACCGCCCUCAGCAAAGAUGUCCGCCAGGCUGUCACCUUGCACGUCAACUACCCUCCAACAUUCUUGUCGGAACCUCCACUGGUAGUUGACGUCGUGGAGGGCGAAUCGCACGUCCUCAACCUCACCGCACGUGCCAAUCCAGCCCACAUCCAGUACACGUGGUCCAGACGCGGCGCCCCGCUCUCCAAACCCGUCAUCAACGAGUCUUGGAGAGCUUACAUGACUGACGCCGACAACGCCGUCGUGAUGGGACCCAUAGUCGAACCCGACGGGCCCGUCUUGUACAUUCGGGACGUCAGCCUCGACCUCGCUGGAGACUACGAACUCGAGGCCACGAAUGAAGAAGGCGUGACGACUGUCAAGAUUAAACUCAACGUGCUGUAUCCCCCGAAGAUAAAGUACACCUCCAAGAUGGUGACAGUCUCCGAAGGGCAGGACGCCACUUUGGAAUGCGCCGCCGACGGGAACCCCAUGAGCCAGGAAACGAUGCAGUGGACGAGGGAGGGUUACCUGUUCUCCUCCAGGACUCAGCAGACCUACGGCGGAUCAAAAGCCGCACUGACCGUCACGAGAGCAAAUAAAAACGACACCGGAGUGUUUACCUGUCUGGUGGACAACGGCAUAGGUGUAUCUGUCAUGGAGAACGUCACUCUUAUAGUCAAGACGAAGCCGGUGAUUUCUCAAACGCAGAUGAACAACCGAGCAGCGGCCGAACGAGGGACAACAGGGCGAAUGUACUGCGAAGCCGAAGGUGCCCCCGAUGUUAGGUUCUCCUGGAAGAGGGCGGGCCAUCUGCUCUCCAACGGCUUCCGACCUGAAAAAUACGACAACGAGACCGAAAAAACUGGCCUGGUCUCUUGGAGAUCAACGUUCUAUAUACAUGACGUGAACGAUUUGGAUUACAGCAAUUACGAAUGCGUCGCCGAGAAUGACCUCGGAGCGUCCACUGCAAUCGUCAAGUUUUCGAGACCGACUCGUCCUGAUCCCCCUCUCUCACUCAAGGUCGUCAAUUCCACCCACGACACAAUCAUGCUCACUUGGACGCCGGGCUUCGACGGGGGAAAGCAGCAGUACUUCCGCCUGCGGUAUCUCACCAAGGGCUCGUCUACCUACCAGUUCGCGGACGUGUACGAGCCAGGAGUCUACACGUACCCCGUCAGCGGGCUUAGCCUGGGGACGGAGUAUUCCUUCUCCAUAAUGAGUUACAAUGACUUCGGCGACAGCGAGUAUCGCGGGGAGUUCGUGAAGGCGUACACUAGGAGCGAGGCUCCUCCAACCCCCGGCCCUACUACACAAGUGGGCAAGGAUCCCUCAAAGUUACCCGGCCUUUGGGUCGUCAUCAUAGUUCUCGUUGCAAUUGCACUGCUUGCACUGAACGUCUCUGCAAUUGUUUGUAUUGUUAGGCGCCGCAGAAACAAGAGGGCCUCUCCCCCGACCAAGAAAACACCCCCACCGUCUGUCUCGGCUUCGACGUUGCCGAAGCCCUUGUCGAUAUCGCCGUCUCAGGGUCAGCCCAUCUACAGCGACCGGGAACUCAUUAGGAACCAAGUUUUAGAUGGCCGAGGAGAUCUUCUGAAGCUGAUUAUUAUUACUGUAGCCAUCGUGGGAGCCAUUAUUGUCAUUAUGAACAUCGCCCUCGUUAUCUGCCUCAUUCGCAGAAAAAGGGGCAAGAGAAAAGAAGAUGAUGGCAGUGACCAAGCAAGCAGUAAGAGCACCACCAACACAAUGUACGCCCCUUCCUCUUACAACGACACUAUGGCUGGCGAGACCCUUUCCUCGAUAUCAGAGAAAAGCAGAGAAUCUUACGCUCAGGACGAUUCUGUAGUAGACUACGAGGGUGCGUCCCACUUCUAUUCCAAAGGUCACUUAUGCCAUUGUCAAAAACAUCCACCUCAGGUCAUCUCUAGCCAGUUAAUGUUGUAUGACCAGUAUGACCUCCUCGGCGGUUAUGAACAGACUCACAAGCACGCGGCUUCCACCUACCUCAUCGACCAGAUUGAACCACCCCCCGAGUAUGCUAGUCAAACGCCCUCGGCGCCCUCCAGCGCUGCCUACGACCCGCACGAGGACGACUACGCCGAAGUGCUAAGGAGGAACGCCUACAACCACCAGUUAGGCAAAGUGACGCCGAGGCCGCCGUCCCGCGCCACCCACUACACCACUUCCCCAGACGCGCGUGGCUACCUCAGCUACUCCUACACACCGUCUCCUACGACAGUCCCCAACGGCGCCGCUCAGUAUCACGCCGGGGGUCCCUCAGUCACUCUCGGUCUUCACGAUCACCCCCAAGGCUACUCGGCGGAUAUGGGUGCCAACAUGAGCGCCGAGGGGAUUGACCACGCCCACGCCCUUCAGACUUUAGGGCUGGACUCGGACCCUCCUCCAUCUUUAGGACUGGAGCAGCACUCGCUGCUGUCGGAGCAUCCGAGUCUCACCCUCGACCCUCACUCCAUCACGAUAGAUCACCCGGUCAUCGCUGUCACCGACUUCUCCAAGAGAAACGGAGAUUUGCGAGUGCAGCCGACCAACCUCUCCACCUUCAACCCCAAUCCCUCGCCUUCCACGUUCAGCGAAUCGGACCUCGAGGGCCACUUGGUAUGACUGUAAGCCACGGGCUCUAUCGCUCUCUUGAACUCGCCCGCGAAGCAGCAGCAGCAUCAGCAGCAGCAGCCAUCAGGCAUUUGGUCCUAACGAGGAGAAAUUGGAAAAUAAUCAACUCAUUUUUAGAAUUAUUAUUAUUAGUGAAAAUAAUAAGUGAAUCUUCCGAGAGUUUUGAGGCUACUCUCUCACCUUAUGAUUUCAUCUUCCAUCAAAGGAGGCUACUCGUUUUUAGAGUUAACUAAGACCGUUUUCGACUGAGACUUACUGUUUAUAAGAACUUCCUGUAUACUUUUUAUUUUGCCGUACUGUGUAAAGUAAGAGUGACCUCCAUUAUGGAAGUACUUGACUACGAAAUAAAGCAUUUUCUAAUAUGCUUGUGUAACCAAAGAAAUGCAUUUUCUUAAAAAAAAAAUGACGCACGUGUACUUUGGUGCGACGAAGCAGCUUUAAGCAUAAAUAUAUAUUAUAAACUUGUAAUCUGUGUGACACCGUGUGCUGUUUAUGGGACCCAGCGUGUUUGUGUGAUCCAUUGCAUGACGAUGGUCGAGACUGCAGGCCAGACGACACUGCAGAUCUCUCUCUCUCUCUUUCCGAGAAUUUCUAAAAGAAAGUUGAACGUUCACUCAGCUGUGAUGUACGAAUGCUUUUUGUACUGUUUGUGGGUUCUAGUUGUCAUCCAACUUUUAGUAGGGAUGUUGAUAUUAGUUGUGAAUGGAUUUUUUAUUUCUUUCUGAGAGAGGAGGGUGUCAUUAAGAAUCUCACUAGUGUAUUAUUUAUAAUUAUUUAUUUCAAUAUUUGCAGUGUUUGUUGAUCGGUCACCCCCGGUUUGCUUUGUUAAAAGUUUUUUUAUUUUAUUUUUGCUUUUUUUAUUUUGUAUCAUAAGGUUUUUUGUGCUUGUGAAGAAAGAGCUCAUAAAAUCACAGUUUUCCUUAUACGCAGGUGUUUCGCUUUCAAAGUAGUGGAAUACUUUUCGCGCCGGCGACAUUUCUCUCUUUGCUAAUUUUAACGUUAAUGGUACCUUUUCAUGAAGGAUCGAUGGGGCUGGGGUACGAAACUCUUGGGGAUUCCUAGUUUGCACCUCGAAACAGCCAAACGAAAAAACAAAAUGAUGAAGUAAAAAAAAAGAUUGGGAGGGGAGACUUUUGAAAACUUUUAACGAAAGAGCCACAUGGUGCCACCCGAGAUGCUCAAUCCUAAUUGACACCGUCAAGGCGGUUGUAUCAAGAAGGAAUCAAGGGGUUUUUCGUAGCGACAGAAGGGGGCCUAAUUACCCCCCCCCCCCCCCCCCCCUCUCCUCCCGAAUAGAUGCUCCCAAGGUAAAUCCAUCGGGUUAAUCCAACCUCCUUUUUUCCCAUAACGCGACCUCACCAAACUCUCAUUGUAAAUGGUUUUAAAUCCUUGUAUGAGGUUGAUACGAAUUGCGAUUUUGUCUAUGCAUCUGGACGACAAAUACAAUGAGGGUUGCUACGUACUGUGCGCGUUUAUAUUAAAGAUAUGCGGUAUGUACUACAUUAUAAUAUACAUAUGUAUGGGUAAAAGCGUUGUUUUACCUAAAAUAUGUUGAGAUUAGCAAUCUGGUGGAAGGUAUUACACAAGGCAAUCAAGAUUGUUGUCAGGCCAUCGAUACACACUCAUCAGGUACUUACUUGCAUUGGAAGUGUAAGUCGGUAGCCGCUGGUCACUAUACGGAAGUGAAAUCUAGUUGCAGAGAAAGUUCAGAUUAUGUGACAGCUGGUUUUUUACCGAUUCAAUCAAAACUCUGAAGUGAUUUUAUAAGUUCUAGAAUAAACUGGCUAAGCAGGUUAGUGCAUGCAAUUUGAAAUUCAUUUUUAGAUAUACGGUUAAUUCUCCCGACAUGAUCGCCAGACUAGCAUAAUUUAAAUAAAAAAUUAGAUAACUGAUACUUUCAUGCAGAAAAAUGUGUUUAUCGCGAUUUAAUGCCACCGAGAGAGAAUGUAUGAUAAUUAAGUACAAAAUGGGUGAAUGCCGGGGCGUAUAAGGACGUCAUUAAGUUAGGGAAAUUACCACGUGAACGGUUAAAAGGCCACAGAAAUUUUCACGAGAACGGGAAAGUUCACGGAAAGUACAGCAGGAAAAGCAGAUGGCCAAGAAAAUUCGUGCAGAUUCUAGAAAGAAUUACCAUAGGAUUCACACAGAGGAAAACUGGACUAUAGUUGUUUUUUUUUUUUUUUUUUUUUUUUUAUUAAUGCAGACUUUUCCCCAAAAGGAGACAGUAGGCAGUGCUUGGCUUUCCCUACUGCAUGAUGUAAUUAUCCAACUCAAUUUUUGUGCAAGAAGAAAUCACAACAUUAAUGGUCUAGGCUCUUCCAAGAUAACCAGGGAAAAAUAUAGAUUACUUUUUACAAAUGAUUAAUUAGUUCUCCCGAUUGAGAUUAAAUUUUUUAUUCAAUUAUUUAUUUUAAUUUUUUUUUAUCUUUUGUCGUCCCAGUAUAUGAUAUUUUCGACUUAUACAAAGAGAUUUCGGAACUUGGGUCUCGCUAAUGUAAGUUCUUAUCAAUCGAAUAGGCCUAUUUCCAAACUGGAGCUAGCAUAACUGAUUGAGUGUUUUAUCUUAUCCUCUGGGAGGGUGUUAUCAAAGAGUAAAACGCUAAUUUAUAUAAUAUGAAGCUAUUGAGUGUAUAAACCGUGUGUAUAUAUUAUAUAUAUAUAUAAAUUACUGUAGACUACGUCAUGAACUUGAGAAAACACUUCUAACGAAAGAAUAUGAAUGAAUAUAAUUAGCAAGCUUUAUUUUUAUAUAGAUUCCCCUGUUCUAGUAAUCAACUGAUCUAUCUUUUUGGGAGUAGUCCAACUUUCAUUUGGUUUUGAUAUUGUGCAUCGUCUUGUUUUCAGAAUCUGUUUCUCAAACGCCAGAAUUUUUGACUUGGCAUCUUUUGGCAUGAAAAAUUCCCCUUGUGUUUCGUUGCAUUUUUACACAAAAUCUUCUCCCCCCCCUAUUCUAGUCAAGACAGAUAUUUUUCAUUUCCUCACGAGAGGGCACUAACUAUCAUUUCGCCUUUUUCGUUUCGAACCUAAUUUUCCCCUACAAUUCUGUUGCUUUCAGACAAGAUGUAAACCUAUUAAUUGCCUCUAUCAAGUUUCAAGUUACGUGAUGCCAGAUGAUGAUGAUGGGAGUUCUAACUUUUCCUAGCUGUUUUCUAUCGACUUUUCCAGCAUAAUAUAAUGCCCAGUAUCUUAUACGGGCUUCUUUUAAUUUUUUUUUUUUUUUUUAUUUGUUAUUUCGGCGCGAGACUUCCUUCCCGGAUACCUAUUGAAACGUAUGCAUAUUAUAUAUAUAUAUAUAUAUAUAUAUAUAUAUAUAUAUAUAUAUAUAUAUAUAUAUAUAUAUAUAUAAUUGACUGUAAUGCAUACGCAUCUAUUUGUGUGAAACGUGCAUAUAUACAUAAUAAACAUACACAGGUGUGUGUACUUUACAUAUGCGUAUAGUAACCGAUCAUUUAAAAAAAAACUAACGCUAUAAACUGGGUCUGUAAGACUUAUUCGUAAAGAGGUUUUUUGAUAAGUGACAUAAAAUGGUUUUGAUACUGCGUUUUUUAUAUAAGUAGCUUUGACCAACCUUGUAGAAAUAUGCCCGUGUAAAGACAGAAAAAGUUUUUACGUGUUUCUAUCUCUCUCUCUCUCUCUCUCUAUCUUUCUCUAAAUAAAGGAAAGGUUGCUGUGCCAAGCAGCCUCUUGCGAUAUUAAACUUUAAAAAAAAAAGGAAAAACUAUAUUGAGUCUGCAUUUUGGAGUACUUAAUUCCAUUGUUCGUGCGUAUGUUGCCAUGUUCAUUAGUGUACUAUACUUAAUAAAUAUCUGUGCAUUAUAU